AUGAAGACAAGUGUGGCAACGGUUCCAUUCAUGGUCUUAUCGCAUUUACUGGCCAUUGGAGCGGCGUUUAUGGUGUUGGUAUGGUGCAUCCAUUUCAGAGGUGGUCUUGCCUUCGAAUCCACCAACAAGUCUCUCAUCUUCAAUAUUCAUCCGGUGCUGAUGUUAAUUGGAAUCAUAAUUCUAGGUGGUGAAGCCAUAAUCAGUUACAAAGCUAUUCCUUUGUCGAAGGAAGUGAAGAAGGUGAUCCAUCUCAUUUUGCACUUCUUUGCCUUCAUCCUUGGCAUUGUCGGGAUCUAUGCCGCAUACAAAUAUCACAAUGAGAGCUCCAUUGCCAAUUUCUUCACCUUGCAUUCCUGGUUAGGGAUUGGAGUUAUCUGUCUAUGUUAUACAGCUUCAUGUAGGGCUAAAUCUCUUCCAUGGCACGGCCUCUUUGGGUUGUUCGUGUAUUUAUUAGCCGUUGCCACUGCAACACUGGGUUUUCUGGAGAAGCUCACCUUCCUCGAGUUCGGAGGCCUCGCCAAGUAUGGAUCUGAGGCUUUCCUCAUCAACUUCACUGCCAUCGUUACUAUUUUGUUUGGAGGCUCCAUUGUGUUAAUUGCUGUUUCUCCAGCCCCUGUCGAGGACGUUCAAUUUUUGGAUUCUUCAAAAAAUCACAUAUAG